UGAUACGUCAAGAAAUCUCGUGGCACACUAACUGCAUAUACGGCGAAGAAAGGUGUCAUAUGUAAUUUAUUCUAAUUUAUUAUUUGCCGAAAUGGAACUGAAGUUACUAGAAAGGAUAAAAAAACUUGGAUAUAAUGAAGAGCUGGUGGAGCCUAAUAAAUUUAAAGAGGCCUUAAAACAAGGCUCAAAAUCACCAGAAUUUACAAAACUGGUAGCAUGGUUGGCAGAUGAAGUUGCAACUUUCAAUAACAUGGAUGAAACUAUUCAUGCAAUAGCAUCUCCAGAAGAUUCUAGUUCUUUUUUAUUAGAAUUAAGCUGUUUUCUUAAGGAAUUGGGAUGUAUGAAUGAAAGAUUAACAACUGGUAAUAUCAAUGAACGAUUGGUAAAUCAACAAGAUAGAUAUAUCUUAUUAGAUUUUUUGGGAGCAGAAUUAAAGACUUGCAGAUUAUUAGAAUCUAGAAAACAUGGAAACUCAUCUUCUGAAGUUAUUGUUGUUGAAGAAAGUGGUACAGCUAAAGAUCUUAAAGAUAUGUUAAUAGCAUUAAACUUUGAAAAACCACCAGAUCAUAUUACUACUGAGGAGCUUUUUACAAGGCUGGAGAAGAAGUUGACUGAAGUAUUAAAAGCAGCUCCUACUGAACUUAUAGGACAACCAUUAAUUACUCACGAAUUCUUAGAAACAGAUUGGAAAGAUCUCCAAGAUAUACAGGAAAAGUUACAUGACGAAUACAGAAUACGUCGUGAUAUGUUACUAAAGAGACUUGAUGUAACAAUGCAGUCUUUUCUAUGGUCAAACAGUAUAAAAGAUCAAAAGGGUUCAUUUAAUAAACAAUAUGAUCAUAUCACACAAUUUGUGAAUGCAGAGCCAAAUGUUACAUUUGCUGAUUUACUAGCAGCAAGAGAUGAUAUUGCAUUAAUGGAAAAAACAAGCAAUGCAAGUGUUAGGAAAAAUACUCAAAGUGAACUUAACAAAGUUAUCAUAGGAGCUGUACCAGACAGAGGUGGAAGACCAUAUGAACAAGAACCACCACCACCUGAAAUGCCACCAUGGCAAAAAGAGAGAGUGCCUGGACCUUCAACUUCUCGCGGAGGCCGUGGUGGCGGUGGCGGUGGAGGUGGAAACAGAGGUGGUCGUGGAGGUGGCAGUAGUUUUCAGGGUUCUAAUACUGCUUAUUCCAGUGAUAAUAGAAGUUCAUAUGGUGGUAAUAGUGGUUUUGUAGAUGGUGGAUCCCAAGGUUCCAAUUUUUCCUCUAACAGAGGUGAAUAUGGUGGACAAGGAGGAAAACGAGGAGGAGGAUAUGGUGGAGGAUAUAGUGGUGGACAAGGAGGAGGGGGAUAUGGUGGGGGACAAGGAGGAGGGGGAUAUGGUGGAGGACAAGGAGGAGGGGGAUAUGGUGGAAGACAAGGAGGUGGAUAUGGAGGAGGACAAGAAGGUGGAUAUGGUGGAGGACAAGGAGGGUAUAGUGGUGGAGGACAAGGAGGAUAUAGUGGUGGAGGACAAGGAGGAUAUGGUGGUGGAGGAAAUGAUAAUUAUGGAGAUAACAGAGAUGGAGGAUAUGAUAAUCGGCACAACUAUUCAAACAAUGCAAGCUCUACACAACAGUAUGAAAGAGGAGGUUCCAGUAAUAGAAGAAGGGGAGGUAGAGUUCAGGGAGGGUGGAAUCAGGGUAGCAACAAUUCUGGUACGGAUAACUAUCAACGUAGCGGAUAUAAUCGCGGCGGACGCCGGAGAGGACAACAAUACUAA